UAUUUUCAUACUACACCAUGAGCAACGAACCUUUGCAAGAAAUCCAGGAGGUUGAGAUCGAGUCCAACUGGGAUGAAAUUGUCGAUAACUUCGAUAACAUGAACCUCAAGACCGACCUUCUCCGUGGUGUCUACGCCUAUGGUUUCGAGCGUCCCUCGACCAUUCAGCAGCGUGCUAUCAUGCCCGUUGUCAAGGGUCACGAUGUUAUUGCCCAGGCUCAGUCCGGUACCGGUAAGACCGCUACCUUCUCCAUCUCCAUCCUCCAGUCGAUCGAUGUCUCCUUGAAGGAGACCCAGGCUUUGAUCCUUGCCCCCACUCGUGAGUUGGCUCUCCAGAUCCAGAAGGUCGUCCUUGCCCUUGGUGACUUCAUGGGUAUUGAGUGCCACGCCUGUAUCGGUGGUACCAACGUCCGUGACGAUAUCACCAAGCUCCAGUCUGGUGUCCACAUCGUUGUCGGUACUCCCGGUCGUGUUUUCGAUAUGAUCGACAACCGUGGUGCCUUGAAGACCGAGCACAUCAAGAUGUUCGUUCUCGAUGAGGCCGAUGAGAUGCUUUCCCGUGGUUUCAAGGAUCAGAUCUACGAUGUCUUCCAGCUUUUGCCCGAGACUACCCAGGUCGUCCUUUUGUCUGCCACCAUGCCUUCCGAUGUCAUGGAAGUCACCACCAAGUUCAUGCGUGAUCCCAUCCGUAUUCUUGUCAAGCGUGAUGAAUUGACCCUCGAAGGUAUCAAGCAGUUCUACGUUGCCGUUGACAAGGAGGAGUGGAAGCUCGACACCUUGUGCGAUCUCUACGAGACUGUCACUAUCACCCAGGCUGUCAUCUUCUGCAACACCCGCCGCAAGGUCGACUGGUUGACUGACAAGCUCCACGCUCGUGAGUUCACUGUCUCCGCCAUGCACGGUGAUAUGGACCAGUCCCAGCGCGAUGUUAUUAUGAAGGAGUUCCGCUCUGGUUCUUCCCGUGUCCUCAUCACCACCGAUCUUUUGGCCCGUGGUAUCGAUGUCCAGCAGGUUUCUUUGGUCAUCAACUACGAUCUCCCCUCCAACCGUGAGAACUACAUCCACAGAAUUGGUCGUGGUGGUCGUUUCGGUCGCAAGGGUGUCGCAAUCAACUUCGUCUCCAACGACGAUGUCCGUAUGAUGAGAGACAUUGAGCAGUUCUACAACACCCAGAUUGAGGAGAUGCCCAUGAACGUUGCUGAUCUGAUCUAGAUUGUAUAUAUUGUUAUGUUAUAAUAAAACGCAUCGUAAACCGCUUUGCGUAAUUCAGUAGAAACCAACAUAUCUAUAUACAUACAAAUAAUACAUUGUUUUCUUUCAAAAAAAAAUUAAAGAAGUCUAUCGAUAUCAUUACCUAUUAGCUCAGGGGAUCUGUCCCAUUUGGUCAGGGAGCCUUGUUUUUCGGGGCUUAUCUUUUUUUUUUAUUUAUUUAUUUAUUUAUUUUGAUUUUUGAUUUUUGAUUUUUUUUAACGAAGUAUCUACGUAUGAAUGGUAAACCAAAUAUAUUACAAUGACAUU